AAGGAGAUGCGUCUGAAUUCAAUCAAGACGCAGAUACUGAGCUACCUGGGUCUUCUAGGAGGGCAGCCCAACAUCAGCAGCAACCAGAACAACGGCACAAGCAAUCAACAGGCGGAGAUCAUCCGUCAGAUGUACGACAAGAUGAAGAGGUUACCGCAAUGGCCUCCCUCCGAUGUAUACACCGAGAAAGUACAGAGUUUCUACCCUUCCUGUGAAUUACCAAGGAAUACAGAUGAAGAGCUGUGGAGUAACGGAGAGUCGAUGCAUUUGCUGUUUGACUUGAAUUUCCCGAUCAGUUUGCAAGGCAAUGUUGUCAACAUUAUUGCUGCUAAACUCAGGCUGCAUAAGGUUUCCCAGGCCAACAUGACAGUGGCUGUUUCUGAGACGUGCCCUCCUCCUGCAUUCGAUGGGGGUGAGUCCACCCCUGCCAUCAAGGCAUUCAACCCCAGCCUCCCCCUACCACCUUCCCCUAUCACCGUGGACGACAAGAAGAUUCGAGUCUCCAUCUACUGGUACACCAGAUCCCUCAAGAAACACCGCGUGAAGAGGAAGCUGCUAGACAGUCAGAUGGUGUCGGUGUAUGGGGACGCGUGACCGAAUGGAAU